AAUACUUUUAAGAUAUAAAUCGAAACACAUAGUUAAAUUUGCCUGCUUUUUUACAGAAAUAUACUGAUUGUAUUGUUCUUAAACUUUAGAUGCAUUUACUCAUGAGGAUGUUCAACUUUCUUGGUUAUCGGUUAACCCUGUAAUAGUACCAGUAAAUAGCAUGAAAAGCGUCUCUCUUACGAAAUAUGAUACAGUCGUGUCUUAUGUGAUAGAUUCAGGUGGUAAUUUUUCUACUUUGAUUACGACAUUAAACAUCACCAGAAAUUCUACAGCAGACAAUCAAGUUAUAGGUACUCCAGUUGUGCUAGUUUUGAUAGGGGCCUUGUCCCUUUCUUUCGGUGAUAAUUUUACACCAAGGAUUGCACUUUGCGGGGCUGCUUUGAUGACAAUUAUUAUGCACUGGGCUGGAAUAUAUAAUAAGAUCCAACCGGCUGCAGCUUUGAUAUGUCUCGACAAUUGGAUGUUUGCUAAUCUAAUCUUUGUUGGAGUGAUUAUUUCAUAUACGGCCAUACGUCACCAUAUCAAGCACCCAGGUGAAAGAAAAAAGUUCAAACAUUUGAUUGAAAAGUCUAUAGGGAGUGACCUUGACGAAAAAAAAAGAGAAAAAAAAGAAGAAGAUGUCAUUUGGACUAAUGUGAAAACUUGGGUUCCAGGCCAAAUAAGUGAUCCCGUUAAAACAAGUGAUUCAGGAAUUGAGACGAGGGAUAGUUCUUAUGAUCAAAAUCGUCCUCUGGAGAGUCCAAUAAAUAAAAAUACUCAUUUUCCUUGGACGGUUAACCGUACUUUUUACGCUGUAGGGGAAGACGAAUUGAGGAAAAAAUAUUUCACAGAAUAUUUUAUGAGUAUAAAAAACAUGUCUCGAUAUUUUGUCUUUGAGAAGUCUCAUGAAAGCAGAAUAGGUUCUACUGAACAUUUUACUGUCGUACAGGGAGAUGAAGAGCUUCUGAAAGAAAUUGCUUAA